UUGCCAAGGGUUCGAAUUUUGAUCAUGUGACCUUGAAGAUGAUACAACAAAAGGGGGUCAUAAGCCACUUUUUCAGAGUCUUAACUUUGAAUGGUCACUCAGUGAAUGGUCAUAUGUCAAGGACUACCUGUAUUAUAAUUCUACAACUUAAAGAGGACCAAACUCAAUCCUCAAUCCUAUAUUCUCAUACUUGCAGAAUAAGUUCCUUGAAAUCAGCGACUCCCAUCUAUGCUUUAUGUAAGGUUUUUCUAUCUGGGGCAAUAAUCUGAAAAGCCCAUCUGGAGCGUCAUUCAGAUGUGAACCCUAAAAGUAAAGCGAAGGAGAUAAGAGACAGAUUUUUCACUAGGUUCACUGAUCAGGAUUGUGGAGGGAGCCACCUGCAGCUGCUUGCCAAGUGUCCCCUUCAGAGCAAACUUAAGUUUGUGUCAAGGGUGCAAAAGCUGCAGAGUGAUUUACAGUGUUGCUAUCGGAAGUCACAAUUCCAAGGAAGUAUUGGAAGCAGUGUUCCAUAAACUUGGCCCAAUUCAGGAUUUCAGAUGUGUUCUAAGCUUCCUGGAGUGAGAGCUGUUCAGGAUACUGAUGGAGACAAGAGCUCAGAAUGGCAGUGGGUUACAACCCUUACUUCAAGGCCAGCAUGACCCCGGGAGACAAUUUGGAGACUCUGACCUGAGGGAUGUCCUAGCACAACAAGUCCACGUCUUGUCCUUGGACCAGAUCAAGGCGAUCCGAAACACGAAUGAAUACACGGAACCUCCUACAGUGGCUCCCCGACCGGGACUGAAGCCAGCACCACGUCCAGCGGUGGUCCAGCACAAGAGCGAAAGACCGCACGACUUGACGGAGCCGCAGCGUCAUCUGAACAGGCUUCCCCAUCCCCAGGUCCAUGCUUCUUCUCGACUCCCGCUCUCCCGUUCCAUCAGCACGGUCAGCAGCACCAGCUCGCGCGGGAGCACGAGGACAAGUACGAGUAGCAAUUCAUCCGAACAGAGGCUUCUGGGGUCGUCCUUGGGGACGGUGGUUGAGGGGAUAAUACGAGUACAGCCGAAAUCGGAACUGAAGUCUCGGGAGCUGAAACCCAUCAGCAAAGAGAAUUUGCAUAUGCACGCCUACCGAUGUGAGGACUGUGGGAAGUGCAAGUGCAAGGAAUGCACUUAUCCGCGGACUCUUCCGUCCUGUUGGAUCUGUGAUAAGCAAUGCCUUUGCUCAGCGCAGAACAUGGUAGAUUACGGGACCUGUGUCUGCUGCGUGAAAGGUCUUUUCUACCACUGCUCCAACGACGAUGAGGACAACUGUGCCGAUAAUCCCUGUUCAUGUAGCCAGGCCCACUGUUGCACUCGGUGGUCCACCAUGGGCGUUUUGUCCCUCGUUCUGCCUUGCUUGUGGUGUUACCUACCAGCCAAGGGUUGCCUUAAAUUGUGCCAGGGCUGUUACGACCAAGUCAACAGGCCAGGCUGUCGCUGUAAACAAUCCAACACAGUUUGCUGUAAAGUUCCCAAAGUCCCACCCAGGAAUAUUGACAAGCCAACAUAGCAUCACUAAUCGGGUAAACAAGGAUGACGAUGGAACAUCGAGGGGGAGGCAGCAACUAAGUGAUCUGUAACUGUGGCACUGUUUCUUGGUGGUGGGGGGGCAGCAAUGAGAAAAGUCCAACCUCAUGGAGACCCUUCUUAAGAAUCCACCCAGGGGAGAUCCAGAGUGGGAAUACACUUGGCAGCACCUAAAGUAUUGCAUAAGCUAAAGAGACUUGAGCUACUUCUAAGCAAACUCGCGUGUUGUGCGUUUGUGUGUUUUUUAAAGGAAUUAGUACACUUGUAAAUUAGGAAACUACUUCAACCUGCUCCCAGUUAUUUUCUGCCAGAGAUGUGCUAUAUUUUUGUAUAUAGGAUAUUUUCAACUGUGAAAACACAACAGAAGCGCAAGUAUGGCACACAGGUCACAAAAUAUUAUACUAAUAUGUUGUACAUUCAAAAGAAUGUGAAUCAAUCCAUAUGGCUUAGAUUGUAUUUUUUUUCCUCUUUUUUUUGGCCUUAUGAAGCCCUUCAAUGGCAAAUCUCUGAAUCUUUUUUUCCCCCUUUUUGGACAGUUGCAGUAAAAUGGAGUCUUUAUUUUCUAUUUUUUUUUCAAUAUAUUGUCUAGUGUAAAGAAUAUUUAUUUGAAGUUUUAUUAUUUUAUAAAAAAAUAAAUAUUUAUUUUAAGAGGCAUCUUACAAAUUUCACCCCUUUUUAUGAGGAUGCCACCAUUGCUGCAGAUUAGGGGUGAAAAAUACAUAUAUUCCCUAUAAAAUAGAAAAUAUAUUAACGUUUGAAAUUAAA